AUGCUCGUGCAAUUAAGGGUUUCGACUGUUCGGUCGGCCACUUCGGCUAUCACCCGUGUGGCGAGGGUAAACGCCGUCAGAGGAUUUAUCGCUCCUACCGUUUCGCGACGAGCCGACUUCGUACAAGAGCUCUACCUCAAGGAACUCAAGGCCUACAAGGCACCCCCCGUCAAGGACUCUGACUCGGUCGGCCAAGUCCAGACCUUCACAGUACCCAAGACCCCCAAGUCGCCCGAGGAGGCCGACCUAGCCAGCAGUCUGAAGGAGUACGAGAGCAUGGCCGUCGAGGUCGAAGGCAACGAGGGCGCCGCUGCCAACUCGUCGACACCCGCCGUCGUCGAGGACUGGCUUGUCGAUGAGGAAGAAGAGGAGGGCGCUGCUGCUCACCAUUAA